AGAGGCGCAUCAGAGCCAAAGAGUGCAACAGAAGACUGAUCUCGUUCAAACCUUCAGGUCACUGAGAUGUUUAAGCUGGGCAUGUUGAAUCUAUUGACCACGGCUGCUCUGCUGACUGUCGCUUCGGUGUUGGAUGCUGCUCCGCUGACGCCUGGAGAUCCAGAUGCUUUUGGAGAACCGGCCGAUGGAGAUCCACAGAGGAAUAUUGAGGGUAAUGCAGCACAAGCGACCAGGAUUUUCGAGAAGCUACUGAAGACCAGAUCAAUGACGACAUUUCCAGACGGAGAUGGAAAAACUGUAGCCAUGAAAGCAUUAGACGAAAUAAUUACAGCGACGAGUACCUUAGACACAGGUGCCAAUAAUCCAUUAAAGACACUGACACUUCAUUCUGAUGGACACGAGGAGAUUGGUGACGGAUCUCUGAGCGGUUCACACGAGCGGCGAGGAGAGAAGAACAGACGGUUCAGUCUGUCAAAGCUGAUGGACUCAAACGAGCUCAGCGACGCUCCGUCAGCCGCUCGAGAGGAGCUGGGGAAGAUGCUGGGUGCACUCGAAGAGCUUCAGCAGUUAAUGAACAGCACACUGAGCCAUCGGAUCACCUUCAUAACCAGAGGAAAUAGUAAUGGACGAAGUACUGGAAAAAAGAACAAAAUGACAGUUACAGAUGGAAACCUGAAAUCCACCACAGCGACCACUUUAGACAGCGCUGGGAUUUCACCCAAGGCCAGCACUGACCAAAUGGAUCCCAAAGCCUUGAAAAAGUCUCUUCCGUCAGCUAAGAAAACCAACAAGCGAGUGUGCUUCUGGAAGUACUGCUCUCAGAACUGAGAAGAGCAGCUGGUUUCACCAAGCAACAAUUCCUGUUCUCAAACAGAGAUGCUCACAGGACCGUUAAUAACACGACUGACCCCUCUGACCUCUGUGACGUGUGUACCUUUGACUUUGUGCACGAAAUGCUCUUAACCUUCCGUCUACAACAACCUUCUUCGUUGUUGCAAGCUCCAA